GUUGGCGAGAUUCAGCACGCAGCACGUCGUAGCGGCGACGCUCGACGGGCCCGCGGCGACCAAACCGUUGCCAGCAGGGUGGGUCAGACAGCGGCGAGGGGCCCCGGCUGCUGCCCUGUGCAGAGCGCGCUGCAAAUUGCUCGUGAGCGGUGGGCGGUGGGCGGUGGGCGAGGCGGCGGACCGUUGCACGCUCGCAGCCAACCCUCUCCGAGCAGCUAGCAGGCGCGUGGGCUAGCCUGCAACGGUAAUGCAGAUGACGAGCGCGCAGCGUUUAUAGGGAAGGGAGAUGCGCAAGCCCCAAUAAAAUGCCGUGGCCGAGCGAUCCGCCCACGCACCCCAGCCCGGCCAAUCUAUACCGCGACGGCUAUGGCACCCUUUGGGGAUGAGGCAGCGGAGCGCACCCAGGGGAGCCUGGACGCGCUUCAAGGACAGGCCGCGAUGCACUGCAGAUCGGCCCUUCCACGAGAAAAGCGCAAUAAUAAUGCGCAGGAGAACCUUGGGAAGGCAAUCCGUCGCUGGGCCGCCCGUCGUGCGGCAGUAAUGCGCCGACGGCUCGCCUGCUGGCCACGACGGCCGAGGGCGGCGAGGCUCGCGCGGUACACACACACGCAGACUGCCGCCAGCGAUGCGGAUAAACUGCUGUUCGCUGCGAGUGCUCUGCUUCUUUUAGCAGCCUUGGAUGCUCGCUGCACACCCGCUCGGGAGUGCCCAGGUGAGAUCGAUCGGCGGCGGGCGUCCGCGAGCACCUGCUGCUGGCUGCGCCGUGUUGUGUUGCUCGAAGGAGCGAGCGAGAAUCCGAGAGCGAGACUCGAAACUGAGCAAUGCCUUAUUCGCGCCGACGGGACGCCACUCCACCAGCCUCACGCACUGGGAGCAGCAGGGCAAGGCGUCGAGACGGGCCCGGCAAAGGCUGACGAAGGAUUACGCAGUGGUGCUGCCGUCUCCGUCGUGGAUACAGGGGGCGCCUGCCUGAGAUUCAGAACCGGAGGGCAUGAGACGGAUGGAGAUGAUACGCCUCGCACGCUUUGCAGCAGCGACCCCGGCGCCGUCCCUGUCAUGUCGCCUGGAAAGGAACCGCGAUGGUGGGCAGUCGCUGGCACCGUCAUCCCGUCCUGCCUUGGACGAGCAUGGCAAUGGGAAAGAGCGAACCCCCCGCCAAAGCUAUCUAAUGGCGGCGGCGCUGGCCCGAGCAUGACCUCAAUUUUGCGCCCCCCUUCGCGCAGCGCACCAGUCGCUGGGCGGCAAUUUGAUAAUUGCCAGCGGAACCGCCAGAGCACCGUGAAGCGCACUCCUUCUGCUGCGUCCAUGCUGACGCUUGUGCAACAGUCAUCUCACCGCGCUCCGCCAGCCUGACUCGCUGCUCGGGACAGCUGCCGGCGCUGUUGCUUGCCAUGCCGACCAUUUCCCCGACCAUCCUCCACCAUCACUCCAUCGCAGGCCGCACCCGCCGCGCUGCUACUGUACCGUCCACCGCGGCAUUCUCCAGCAGCUAGGCGUCCAGGCCGCGUCGCCCUCGAGCAGCGUUUCAGGGCCAUGGCAAGCGCGGGAAAGCUGCGCGUGCCGCCUCGCCGGCUAUGGCCUCUUUCAGGAAGCGUCUCCGUCAACGUUACGCGAGGCCCUUUGGACGCCGCGUGGGCGGAUGGCGGCGUUGUCGCCGUGUCUUGGCCUCCGCUCGUCUGUGGAGGAUCUCUCGAAGAGGCGGGUCGAUCAAAACAAGCGUAUGCAGCUAAACCCUGGAGCCACGUU